UGGCGAGCAUUGCCAUUUGUGUGGAUGUGGCUGCACAUCUGUUGGGCUAAACUACGCUGACAAUCUGGAGUAAAAGCUCUGCCAGCUAGAUGAAGAAAGAAAGCAAAAUCACUUUCUUUUCGUGACUGCGUUAUCAUCUAUAACAUUCGAGUGUUGUCAAUGUAACACUAUAUAUGCAAGGCUGUAUUUGAAGAGGUUACACAACAACAACAACAUGGUUAUUUACCUAUAACGCUGAAUGUUGCUAAAUUUCCAGCUAAUACUGCGACACAUGGAAAUAUCUAUCGAACGACAAUAAUGUCGUUCACGCCGAAUGGGUUCACGCAGAUUUAGGCGAGAAAAGGUGGAGGCCUUUUAUCCGCAUUAGUUUGCAGGAACCCCAUCCUUCUCUCAUCCAAAUAUAGCUGCAUGAUUAAGUGAGACUCCUGAUAUGAUGGUUCACCUUAUUGGUAUAUUGUGGCUGAGAUGGCCGUCAUUUACAGAGAUAAAACUGAGUGCUGUGAUAUAUAUGAGCAUAUUGAAGAUGUAAGCAUGUGUAAGGAUGGUCACAAGUCCUUCAUCUGAUAUUGGAACCAAUCAAAUGAACAAAUAUUCAUCGUGGAGUGCAUUUAUAACCAAUUCCCCGGGAGUGUUUAGGUCAUUUCUUGCCGGUUCUAUCAGCGGAACAUGUUCAACAAUUAUCUUCCAGCCUUUAGACUUGGUCAAGACCAGACUUCAGUCAUCCAUCACCACAGGGUGCCCGCAGGUUGGGGUUGUGGGAGUGUUCCGCUCUGUGGUGAAGACAGAGUCUUUUGCUAGACUGUGGAGAGGUACAGUACCUUCUUUAGCCAGAUGUGUUCCAGGCAUUGGUAUUUACUUUGGCACCUUACAUUGGAUUAAGACAACUGUGAGGAUAGAAAAGCCUGGAAUGUUUGAAAAUGGAGUAAUGGGUGCAAGUGCUAGGACAGUAGCUGGCAUUAUAGUUCUUCCCGUUACUGUUGUUAAGACAAGGUUUGAGAGUAAGGAAUUUGGCUAUAGCAGUAUGUCAAAGGCUUUGCUAUCCAUCUACAAAACAGAGGGUGGAAAAGGUCUCUUUAGUGGUAUGAUUCCAACAUUGUUAAGAGAUGUUCCAUAUUCGGGCCUCUACCUCAUGUUUUAUUUGGAAAUAAAACAAUCUCUCCCAUCGGGCCCCAUUUUGGAAAAGUACUCUCCUGCAGUUCACUUUUCUGCGGGUUUAUUGGCAGGGGUGCUGGCAUCUUUCUCAACUCAACCUGCUGAUGUGAUAAAAACACAUUCACAGCUGUACCCUCACAAGUUUUCUCGGUUAAGGACAACCAUUGCCUAUGUCUACCAGAAUGAUGGCUGGACAGGGUUUUUCCGUGGUAUUGUACCCAGAACUUUAAAGAGGACUUUGGUGGGUGCCAUGGCUUGGACUGUCUAUGAGGAGCUGAUGCAGAAAAUGGGUUUGAAGACCGUGUAAGAGUCAGAUAUAUUCAAUUCACUGAGAAAUUGAAUCUGUGACGUGCUGCUCGUCGUCAUCUAUACAGACAGAGGAGAUAUGAUAUUCAGUUGUGCAACAGUAGCACGGCUCUGAUUGGCUGACUUGUGGGAAAGUGUCCACUUACUGAGAUAAUGUUGCCAAAAUGGAUGUCACAGAGCAGCAUUUAGCCUGUAUUUGGUGAUCGAUACCUGAUGAUGCUCUAAACAAUAAUCACACAUUCAGGUGGUACAUAUAACUGUUACCUGUAUAUAUGGUUUGAUUAUGGUUAUACUGAAGUACUUAGGUAGACAUUCCAGCCUUUUAAUUCAUAGUAUGCAAAGGUACAUAGCUUGUGUACUUGUAUUUUGUGGUUUUGUGAUGAUCCUCAUUAAUCUUGAUCCCAGUAUUAUGCAGUGAUAGUGAUUGAAUUGGUGCUAUUUUAGAUUAUACUUAUAAAUUUCACACUUCUUAGAGGUGUGACAAGUCAAAGUGAUUCAUUGCAUGUUGGUAAAUGCUGAAUGAGAUAUUUUUCACAGUUCAUUUAUCUAAAGAUGUAGAUAUGGAGGAGAUAAAAAAUGUGGUCAACCACAGAUGAUAUCAGUCUUAAUAUUCAUAGUUUAAUCGUCUUUGAAUCUACAUGCAAAUUACAAAGUCGUGCUAAAGUGAAAGCAUAUUUUGGGAAAGAUAACUUUGACCUUGAUGGUUAUCAGAGUUACAGAUUUGCUGCAUUUUACAUGUUUAGAUGAUAGCAUUUCUAGAACUUCCAUCUCAAGAGGAUGAGCAAUUGUAUGUAAUGGAUUUGUUUGAAGAAAACCAUUGUAUUUAAUGUGAAGGUAGAGGUUUAGGUAUCAUUCUGUUAUAAUUUCUGAUCAGACUGGCCAAGUGAAUGAAGCUGUGAUAAAUAGAAAACAGUACCAGUUGGCCUUGUUUCCAGUAAACUACAUAAUACUUGACAGUUCAUUCUGAAAAUCUUGAGAAUUUUAAGUUUGAUUUUUAAUUAAAAUAAUUUACUACA